AUGACGGAGAACCCAACCAUUUUCCACGCUGUCUCCACCUUCUCUCGACGCCUUGAUGACCACGGCUUCACCAAGCUCUCCGAGCGCGAUGUUUGGACCUCCACCCUCAAGCCCGGCGGGAAGUACUACUGUACCAGGAACGACAGCGCCUUGAUCGCGUUUAUCAUUGGCGAGGACUACAAGAGUGGGAACGGGGUCGGGGUGGUCGCGGGGCAUAUCGACGCGCUGUGCGCCAAACUCAAGCCUGUUUCCAAGUUGCCCACCAAGGCGGGAUUUGUCCAGCUGGGCGUGGCCCCGUAUGCGGGUGCACUGAGCUCGACGUGGUGGGAUCGUGACUUGGGGAUCGGUGGGCGUGUGCUGGUAAGGAAUCCGGAGUCUGGCGCUGUGGAGUCGAAGCUGGUGAAGCUGGGCUGGCCGAUUGCGCGGGUGCCGACUCUGGCGGUGCACUUUGGAGCUCCGUCACAGGGCCCGUUUAAUCCGGAGACGCAAGCGGUUCCUGUGAUCGGCUUGGAUAACUCCGAUAUACUGGGAGAGGAGGUAAACACUGUUGAUGAUGGCAAGAUCGAGAAUGGAACGUUCGCUGCUACGCAGCCGGAGCGGCUGGUUCGAGCGAUUGCGAAAGAGAUGGGGAUAACCGAUUAUAGCAGCAUCGUGAACUGGGAAUUGGAGCUCUUCGACAUCCAACCCGCGCAGGUCGGUGGGUUAGAUAAGGAAUUCAUCUUCGCGGGCCGGAUCGACGACAAGCUUUGCUGCUACAGCGCCUUCGAGGGCCUCUUGGCGUCAUCCGAGGAUCGCGGCACCGGAAUCGUUAAGAUGGUGGGCAUGUUUGACGACGAGGAGAUUGGCAGCUUGCUCAGACAGGGCGCUCGAUCAAACUACAUGAGCAGCGUCAUCGAGCGGAUUGUCGAGGCGUUUUCCUCCGACUAUGGACCAAAUGUUCUCUCCCAAACCGUCGCGAAUAGCUUCCUGGUUUCGUCCGAUGUCAUCCACGCCGUGAACCCGAACUUCCUGGGCCAGUACCUGGAGAACCACGCUCCCCGUCUUAACAUUGGUGUUUCAGUCUCUGCGGAUCCCAACGGGCAUAUGACCACGGACAGCAUCAGCACCGCGCUGCUCCAACGGGUCGCAGAGAAGUGCGGGUCCAGGCUUCAAGUCUUCCAGAUCAGAAACGACAGCCGCAGCGGUGGCACCAUUGGUCCCAUGACAAGCGCCCGCAUCGGGAUGAGGGCGAUUGACUGCGGGAUCCCGCAGCUGAGCAUGCAUAGUAUCAGGGCUACCACGGGUAGUUUGGACCCCGGACUUGGCGUGAAGCUCUUCAAGGGCUUCUUCGACCAUUUUGAGGAAGUCGACAAGGAGUUUGAACAGUUCUAG